AUGCCACCCGCCAAUUCGCCUGACCCCGAACCCGCUACCACCACCAAUACCACUACCACUACCACUACUGCUACUACCACCACCACCACCACCGCCACCUUCAUCUCGGCCCUGCGCGAACUCGAGAGCCCCGUCAACGACGACGUCCUCAACCUGGCCGCGACACUGGGCCCCCCGACCGACGACGCCCACGAUACCGACGACAUUGACGACAUCGCCCGCGCCGCCGCCGCCCACUACGCCCACGCCGCCCACCACGCCCACGACCAGGAGCGCCUCGACGGCUCGCGCGAGCGCCUGAGGCUGCUCGAGAGGCAGCGCGACGAGCUGGAGCAGCGCGACCGGCUGCGGCGAGUGAUGAGCCGCCUCAGCCGGCUGAGCGACAACAACUACGGCGACCGGGUGCCCAGCCAGAACAGCCUGUACGACUGGUCGCCGGCCCACGACGCUCCCACUCCUCCGGGCGCCGCCGAGAGCUCGCUGAGGUCGACGGCCAUCCUCCAGUCGGCCGGCGUGCGCCGCCAUGCACGCUUCUCGGCUCGCUCAAGGGAAGCCGCGUCUGCCGACGCGCCCUCGCGCCAUGUGUCGCACCGCAGCCUGCGCGACAUGCUCGCUGCCCGCGCCAGCCUGCACAGCGACUCCAUGGACCGCCACCGCGACGCUGCCGCCCGCCACGCCUCGAUGCAGCGCCUCGCCGACGCCCGCGCCUCGCCCAUGCUCGAGCACACGCUCCGCUACCUGGCCCGCAUCCGCCACUCGACCAGCAGCGACGAGAGCCUCGAGUACGCCCGUGACGCCGGCUUCCUCGACAAGGACUACUUUUGCCUGCAGCACGCCGACUUCAUUGCAGACCCCUUGGCCAUCCCGCCCCCCGCUGAGACGUCAUGGCUCGUCCCCGGCGCCCUCCUCUCGGGCUGCCAGCAUGCCACCACCAUAGCCACGACCCGCCACACUGCGCUGCCCCCUCCCAUCCGCCCCUGGAUAUGGACCCCCAGCGACUCCUCGUCGACGGGCCGCUCCGCCCACCACCACACUCCCGAAGCCCUCCCCCACCAGGACCAAUGGCCCGUCAAGGUCACCAUACACCACGUCGACUGGGACGCCAUGUCGCUCUCUGCCACCAUGGAGGCGUAUAACGUACCCUCCCACCCCCACUCGCACACCAUCCUCCCCACCGCUACCACCACCACCACCACAACGCCGCCGCCCGCACGCACAUCGUCCAUCACCACAUACCUCGAAGGCGAAAUACUCGACUUCAACAACCACACCCUCCUGACCGAAUCCUUCAAAUCCACUGCCGCAAACGACGCAACAUACUGGCGCAAGCUGCCCCCCUUCCAGAAGAUGAGCGACGAAGACGUCAUCCGCUGCUUGACCAGCAAGAAGUGGCUCACCGAAGUCCUGAGCCAGGAAUGGAUAUUAAUGCGCUGGAAAGAACGCUGUUUUGUCAAGAGCCUGAACCGCAGCACCGCCGAUCCCGUGCAGCCCCCACCCUCGACCACGACACCCUCGUUCCCGGACGGCCCGACACCCAACAUCUGGUCAGCAACCAGCAACGCAUCCAGCUACCAAUCUCUAAGCACUGGCUACACCCAUGCCUCCCAGCUUCAGUCUUCGCCCUACCGCAUCGUCCGCAACGCGCAGACGGGCCGCGCCGAAGUCGAAAUCACCCCCCAACCCCUCUUCAACCCUGCGAACAACGACGCCGAACACGCCACCUUUGAUGAUUCAGGCUGCGGCCUGACCAUAAGUGGAUUCUACUACGUCGCCCUCGAUCGGAGAAGUGGCAGGCUGGAAGGGUUGUAUUAUGAUCCACAAAGUAGCCCGUAUCAGUGCUUGAAGCUAGAGAGCAUAAGGGGUGGGCUGAGAAGCGCAUGGGGCUUUAGAUGAGAGAGGAAGGUGAUUUUUCAUCACGCAUAUUACGCAUUGGCUCGGUGUUUUGGGAGUCGGUAACUUAGCGGCGUGUUAUGCAUUUCGCCGCCUGAGGGAUUGAUGGGUUUUCCUUGUUUCUCGGUUUGAUUCGAUUGGAUUCAACGUGUGGGGUUGGAGUGAAUUGGCGUGAAUUGGAUUGUAUGGGAAUAGGACAACCAAAGGCACACGGGGAAAGAGAGAAAGAAGUCAAAGGGGGGCAUAUUACACACUGGGAACACAUUUAACGGCCUAACUUCCCCUCUCUUUAUUUUUCUCUAUCCAAGCUCCAGCCCACGCAGAUAGACU